AUGAAUCCCGAUUCGUCUAUAUCGAACAUCGAGCCAACAGGAGGAGGAGCCAAAUGGUCAGCUGGAAGCGGCCAUGAUGACGACAAUCAACACGGUGCGAGAAGAAGAGGCGAAGAGUCGUUAACAAUGUCCAACAACACAGCGUCGUCGUCGCUGUCGGCCUCUACUGCUGCUGUUGCCGCGUCUUCUGUCAGCGAUGGGGACGGGGCUCCAGGUUCUAGCUCGACCAACACCUCGACAGGAGGUACCCAAUUGACAACAGUCAUUGAAAAACAAGCCCAAAAAAGAAUCUUUAAGAUAAUUGUCAUUGGAGAUUCAAAUGUCGGAAAGACAUGCCUGACUUACAGGUUUUGUAGUGGAAAAUUUCCCGACAAGACUGAAGCCACUAUCGGCGUUGAUUUUAGGGAGAAAAUGGUCCAAGUUGAAGCCGAACAAAUCAAGCUACAACUUUGGGAUACAGCUGGUCAAGAAAGGUUCCGCAAAAGUAUGGUUCAACAUUACUACCGGAAUGUGCAUGCUGUAGUUUUUGUUUAUGAUGUAACAAAAAUUAGCUCAUUUGAAAAUAUGCCCAACUGGAUUGAGGAAUGUGACCGACAUAAUCUAAACAAGGAUAUCCCGAGGAUUCUGGUUGGCAACAAAUGUGACAUGAUUGACCGAAUUGCUGUCAACACAAAUGCUGCCCAAAAAUUUGCUGAUACUCACAACAUGCCUCUGUUUGAGACUUCCGCAAAAGAUGAUGAGAAGGCCAACCAUGUUGAGGCUAUCUUCAUGACAUUGGCACAUAAGUUGAAAAAUUCUAAGCCAAUGAUGCCCAGCUAUGUACCACGCUAUUCCUCUACUUCCUCAGGAGCCACUCAUGUCAUCAAUGUUGGACGUAGUCCUGAGGGUCAUGGACUGCCUACACAGGAUGAUGGGAAGAAACAAGAUGGCUGUGCUUGCUAG